ACAUCGGACGUGCAAGGAGUACUGGGGAAGAAGGCAUCUCUCCCUUGCGAUAUUCAGCCGCUGCACUCGGACGACGCUGUGGUUAUGGUGCUUUGGUUCAAGGAGUCAGACGGAGAGCCGCUUUACAGCUACGACAUCCGAGGUCGCUCCUACAACCAGCCGAAACUUUGGUCUUCCCCACUGGUCUUCGGCAAUCGAGCUUACUUCAGAGGUGGAGCUACACCAGCUGUCCUAAUGGUUGACAACGUCAUGGCAGCAGACGCUGGCGUAUACAGAUGUCGAGUAGACUUUAAGAACUCGCCAACUAGGAAUUUGAAAGUCAAUUUUACGGUCAUAAUACCACCGAAUCGGCCGACGAUAUACGACGCUAAGAGAAGAGAUCGAACGAAAUUAGUGGAACCGUAUAAUGAGGGAUCUAAUGUACUUCUUAUUUGCGAAGUUGAAGGAGGUAGACCGAGGCCGCGAGUGACGUGGUACCUAGAAAAUGUGGUAAUAGACGAUUCAUUUGACCAGCGGGACGACGGUCUCACCGUCAACACACUGACAUUUCCCAAUGUUGGCAGACAGCAUCUUAACGCAAGACUUGUGUGUCAGGCGUCCAACACAAAUUUAGCAACGCCAGAAACUAAAGUACUUAUUCUAGAUAUUAAUUUGAAGCCGAUAUCAGUGGGCAUUUUGACCAAGGAGAAACAAGUAUCAGCGGAUAAAAGGUACGAGGUCGAAUGUAAGACCACUGGGUCCCGGCCGGAGGCCACUGUCACUUGGUGGAAGAACAAUAGACAGCUCAAGCGGAUGGCGAAAAACUUCUCGGAGAACAACGAGACUCUCAGCGUACUAAGCCUGGUGCCUAGCGUGGACGACGACGGCAAAUAUUUGACUUGCCGGGCCGAGAACAAGCACAUACCAGACUCGGCUAUAGAAGAUAAGUGGAGACUCAAUGUGCAUUAUGUUCCGAUCGUAGAUCUUAAAAUGGGCUCCAACCUAAAUCCUGAUGAAAUAAAGGAAGGGGACGAUGUUUACUUCGAGUGCACGGUCAAGGCGAAUCCGAAAACACAUAGGCUUGUUUGGUUCCAUGACAAUACAGAGAUCUUCCACAACGAAGCAGCUGGAGUCAUACUUAGUGCUCAGAGCCUGGUUCUGCAGAGCGUUACCAGGGCAGCAGCUGGCGACUACACGUGUAUGGCUGCGAACAGCGAGGGCAAAGGGACUAGCAACCCUGUGUCUUUAUUAGUACGAUAUGCUCCAGUAUGCGCGGAGAGAAGAGACAACGAGCUGUUUGGUGCCCUCAAACACGAGACAGUAUCGCUGCACUGUUCCGUCGACGCUAAUCCCGCUCUGGUCUCCUUUCACUGGACCUUCAAUAAUUCAGGGGAACAGACGGAAAUACCGCCAAGAUUGUACAGCAGUCAUGGUCACACGUCCACCUUGAACUACACUCCGACGACGGACAUGGAGUACGGCACCUUAGCGUGCUACGGCGAGAAUGUUGUGGGGCAACAGAAAGUCCCUUGUUUGUUCCAGCUAGUAGCGGCAGGUCGUCCAUUUCACCUCCAAAAUUGUACAGUGGCGAACCAAAGUUUGGACUCUUUGUACGUUGAAUGCGUCGAGAACUUCGAUGGAGGACUUCCGCAGACCUUCCUGAUGGAGCUGCUCGAGCUACCUUCACUCACUGUCCGUUACAACGUGUCCACAAACCGGACUCCCCCCUACUUCGAGGUGCGAGGCCUCCCGCCGGGUGUCAGCUACAGGAUCGACUUGUACGCCGUCAACGCUAAGGGCCGCAGCGACGUUUCCACUAUAGAGACUGUCACUUUGAAAGGACAAGCCAAAUUUACUGGUGAAAGCAACUCGUUAGGCAUGUCACCAGUGCUGGCGUCAAUAGCAGCAAUGUCGGCAUUGCUGGCGGCAGCAGUGUGCGGCGUACUAGCAGUUCUGUACAAACGUCACGCGAACCGGCACAGAAAUCUGCCUGCGAAACAUGCUCCAUUGAGUGAAGCAAUGUACGCGGAGCGGAACGCGCAAUGCAGCACACCAGUCAAGGCGGAGGUCCGGACGGCUCCCGAUCCGGAUCCGGCGGACGACGCCGAUCCGGAUAUUAUACCUAACUUAUAUGAACGGAGGCCUGUGUCAAACGGCUACAUGAGCCUACAGCGGCCUCCGUCCACCACCAAGAUACGCGAGCUCGGUGAAGACGCUCGCUCGGAGCCCGACGGUGGGGGAUACUACGCCGACUUUAGGAAGAAGGACUAUAGGAUACCUCUGACAAGCUCCUACCACAGUUUGAACCGUGUGAACAAGGGAGUCAACGCGUGCAGUCCCAGUGGUGGGGUGACGUCAUCGCUCACAGCACACCGGCUCCGACCCGAGGUCGUCACGACAUCGCACCGAGUGCAAGAGAGCUGUAUAUAAACUAGACAUUAGUGGGCAUUGCGAUGGUUCGCUUCAUUUUAAUCUAAAUGUGAUUACGUUGGUAAAGCAAGCUCUCCACAUACGUACAUGUUCGAUGUUGCUAAAUAAGCGUAAUGUAGAAAGGAACGUUAGCUUAUAAAACCUUUACCUGUAACGGAUUUCGUAACUUUAUUUCGAAUAACUUA